UUGAACGCCAAAAAAAGCGAAAGAUUAAUUUACGAAGUACUGGAAUAACAAUGAAUGACCCCCUUUGGAAUAAACAAUGGUACCUAAACGACGUUAGAGCUAUCCCUAGCAUGAACAUACAGAAGGCAUGGGCAAAAGGCUUUACAGGAAAGGGAGUGGUAAUCGGUAUUGUCGAUGGCGGUGUUGAUGUUACACAUCCUGAUCUAUCUAAUAAGGUGAAAAGGAGUUUGAGUUAUGAUUUCAUUGAAAAUGACAACGAUCCGUCGCCUGCUUAUCGAGAAAGCCACGGGACAAAAUGUGCUGGUAUUGUAGUUGCAGCGAGGAAUAAUAGAAACUGCAUUGUCGGAGCUUCAUUUGGAUCAACAUUUGCCAAUUUACGAAUAUCAGAUAACUUUGGAUCAACACCAGUGACUGAAUCCCGAGCUUUGGUACAUAAAUAUGAUGAGAUUCACAUCUAUUCAAACAGCUGGGGUGUCAUUGAAGGACUAGGCUUUGAACAACAACCGCCAGUAGUUGAAAAUGCGAUAAGCGCAGCCGUUCAGAAGGGCAGGAAUGGUCUCGGAUCAAUAUUUUUAUGGGCCAGCGGAAAUGGUGGCACCAACGAUAACUGCAACUGUGAUGGUUAUGCGAAAUCAAUUAACGUUAUAUCAAUAGCAAGUGUAUCAGAGAAUCAAUAUGCUGGUUAUUACUCUGAGUACUGUUCGGCGAUUCUGGCUUCAUGUUAUAGUGGUGACGACGUCCAAUAUGAUAUCCUGACAACCGAUAUAGGUGGAUCUUGCACAAACUUCUCUGGGACAUCUGCUUCAACACCAUUGUCAGCCGCUGUCAUAGCACUUGUUCUUGAGGCAAACCCGAAUCUGACCUAUCGGGACAUCCAGCAUCUCAUUGUUUCAACAUCAAAGCAACAUAGUUUACAGGGAAGAACAUGGAAACGAAAUGGAGGUGGAUACAUGUAUAAUGAUUUAUUUGGAUUUGGGCUUCUGGACGCUAAUGCCUUAACUGACAAAGCAAUCACCUGGAAACUUGUUCCCUUUCAACAUAAAUGCGUUUCAGACAUUAUGACGGUAGAAAGGUCAUCAAAUGUUUCUGUGACGAGCUUCAUAACUUCAAAUAAUUGCAAUGAUACACACAUAUUUCACGAAGUUAAUUUUCUCGAGCAUGUGGAAAUAGAAGUAAGCUUUUCUGCUACAAAACAUGGAGCCGUAGAAUUGGAUCUUACAUCUCCCUCUGGAACGACCAGUCACAUGCUUACCCUCAGGCAGCGCGAUGUACACAGAGGAGCAAAGACAUGGCGUUUUAUGUCCGUUCAUUUUUGGGGUGAGAACCCGACGGGACAAUGGACUCUAAAAAUGGCAACACCUGUUUAUUCACAAUCUGGAUCUCUUCACAAAUGGAAUUUAAUUUUGUAUGGAACGAAAUAUAACCCUGCGUUUGGAAGACAACCGGAUGACGAACAGAUACCAAAAGAGUCUACGAAAAGUAUAACGACGAAAGAAGAGGACAACUUUUGCGACAGCGAGAAUGCAACAACUUGUGGAUUAGUAAUUGGUGGAUCAAUUUUAGGGGUUGUCAGUUUGGCGUCUGGUGUUAUUAUCGCCUUCAAAAAAAUGAAGAAAAGGAAUAGCACAGAAGAUUCUAACAACGCAAUAAAUGGCGAAUUUCCCAAUUGAGCAAAACGUCGUA